GAUGACAUCGGUCUUUCGGUCUUUGCAGUUCGCCGCUAAAAUAUUUCGGAUGCGCACGGCCGUAUAAAUCCAGGCCACCCGCCCCUCGACCGGUCGUCCCCAUCGUCGCCUCGCCUGCCCCGUCGCUCCCGACCUCGCUUCGAGCCAACGACCAGCAACCCGCUUUCGCAACCCCCUACCCAGCGACUCCUCGCUCUUCCAAACCUUUACCCGUUCUUCUCCUCCGUCAGAAUGGCCCCUUCCACCCGCUCCGGUCAUGGCAGCGGAAAUACCACCGCAGAUUAUCCAAAUGUUCCCUCCUCGGUGCACCCCAGUCCCCAAGCAGCUCGAGAGGGAGCUACACCCCCCAAGCGACAGUUGUCUCUAACAGCUACCAAUUCCGCCAAUAAGCGCCCAAAGAACGACAAGCCGACCGCAGCCCCUGCUUCCGAGCCUCCUCAGGCCACCACCCCUCCUGCCAAGGAUGCUGGUAGAGAAGGUGGAGACAAGGGUACUUCCAGCAAAGCUGCCUCGGACCAGGGAGAGACCAACCUUCCGACUCCCUCACCAGAGCCCCAUGAGGGUCGGAAGGACGGCGGUGGUCAAGGCGGUACCGCCGCCACCAUAGCGAGCCUAGAUGACCAGCCUCUCAGCGGCGAAACCAACGCCCAAGCGGACUCCGGUGCCAGCAACGACAGUAACUGUUCUGACGAUGGUGAAGUUAGCCACUCUGAAUCCGGUUCAGAGUUGCAACAGGAACGUGUUGUGAAUGGGAAUAAUUUAAUUGCCCAGGAUCGUGAUCCGGCUGAUCCUUCUAUUCCCGCCGGGAAUGCCAUUAAUGCGACCGACCCUUCAGCUACGACCGCUUCUGCCAAUCAACUCCUUGGUUCAAGCACGACCGAAUAUAUAAAUCUUGACGAGAAUCCUUCUACGGGAGAGCUCCAUCAAGAUCGGGACAAUGCCAACACAGGUGUACAAAGUCCUCCAUGGAUCAGUAAAUUCGGAUAUGUUCGUCCUAUAAAUCCAACAGGCCGCACUGCGACCAUCAUCCUCCAACCCCAAGCAAACACCCAGUCUGCCGCGGCUGAACGUAGAGAACCAGACCAUUCGAUAACCAAACUGUUCAAAGAUGCUGCACCGUGUGUUCUCGAGGGUUAUUCAGUUCCGAGGUUACUCUUCCCUUCGAGCGAUUAUCUUUCCAAGGUUUCGGCAGAAAUUCAUUUCGAACAAAAAGACCAACGUACGAUCAAUGAUUUUAUAGAAUCAUUGAUUACCAUCCCCAAUCAAGGCAAUACCGGAAUCACAGCUGCAGCCGUACUUCAGAAAAUCCAACGCCUCCAAGCGUCGAGUUUGAAGUUAUAUGUGCAAAAACCCAGUCAGAUUAUGUGCGACUUCACCAGUAUUGGACUCGAGAAUCCACACACUUUGUAUCAAGAUAUGAAGAACCACUUGAUUAACCCUGAGACCUACCAGGUCUCAGUUGCUCAAAUUCUUAUUUACGAGGGGGUUAUUGCACCUUCCAUGUGUGUUGCAAAGGAAACUACUAUCCCAUGCGUGUCACUCGCGACUGCCGGGUAUUGUUCCAAUACCCCAACACUUCAAGAGGCUGAAUGCCGGCUCAAACAAUUCAUCAGCACAAUCGCCUCUGUUGCCGAAGUCGACUCGAUGAAGAAAUCUCAAAGGACCGAGCUCCGGCGAUUGGUUUGGUUUCUUCGAUUCAAAUUGUUCAUGAUCCAAUACCGAAACGAAGCAUUCCGUCCAGACUCUGAAGCUGCCACUCGAUCAUUUGAGAAUACAUAUGAACUCAUCAAAUGCGAUGCACCGGCAUUGAAAGAUAGUAUCAUCCCCAAAGAAUGUAUUCAGUCGGCCAAAUUGAUCAUCCAGUUGAUGCAAUGUGAAAAAUCCGCAAUGUGGUUCGACACAACGUCAUAUUCGCCCCUUAGCGACAAAUCCAAGUAUCGCAAGUACAUCGAUCAUACCGUUGGUAAAAUUAUCCAACUACAUAAGGCAUCCAAAUUUCCACUCGCUACGUUUUUGGAUAUGGCCAGUCCUUUCGGAUGGAAUUGUCCAGAGGCACAGUACGUCUUUGGACUAUGGAUGGAAUCUAUUUUUCAUUUCCGAGCCGCUGGAUACUUCUUCAGCCAUGGAUAUGCCGCCGAUGGGGAACGUGGCGUUUAUGGGAUCAGGGACGUUGGUUGGAUUUGUCAUUUGAUUCAACGAAGGAAGGCCCUUGCCCGCACCUACGGAUUCAAGAUGUCCGUAGAAUCUAGCAAAGCCCGAUUCAACGAAACACAUCAGUUUGUUUCCGAGGAAACUCGACAAAUUAUCAAAUGCCUCCGAGCUGCUCAAGCCGUCGGAAAUUCUUUGACAAUUCUGAGUGAAGCCAGGGAAACUCAGCUUAAAGAGAUAGAAGUCGAAAAGCGCCCACCACGUGAGAUACACGACUCUAGCUACGACAUAAUCUAUGCAUCACUCGACCCCUCAGUAUUGGAGAGCUUGAUCAAGUGUACGGAAUUUAUUCCCAAGAUUAUCGUCAAAGAGCGCCUUGCAAAAAUCGAAAAAAUGAAAGUCAGGCUUCAGAUGGAAAUUGAAAAUUUUAUUGAAAAUUUUGAAGGACUUGCCAAUGCCCGGCGCUUAGGUUUCAAAAUUGCAGCGAAAUGCAAGCUCUUUUCUCGCAUUCAAACUUUGCAGGGGAAGAUAAACAGACGAGCCCGAAAGGAUAGCGCAGAAGUGGAUCGAAAGACAUUGACAUUGAAAAGGGUGCUUGAUGAUCAACGUAACCGAAUUGAAAGUGAAACCAAUAAAUAAGGGCAUACCCUUGAAUUUUGACCAUUGAACAGUUAUUUUGUUACCAAAUAUCAUUGUGCGUUGGACAUAACCAUUCACCACACGCAACCAACUUUUGCAUUGUUGCCUUGCGAUGCUACACCCUCAUCCAGAGUCCGCGCAAGAUAAUCUCGACCAACGAGUAACAAUUUCAACCACACGGAAGUUUGCUUCAAGAGUGUGGAGCCAGUUCGGUUGGAAGGACUCGAUG